GGCUACCGGAAGGCUCCGUACCGCGGCUGAAUGGAAUCCGGCUGUGUCCGAAAAGCAAUGGCUAUGGGUUUGACAUCGAAAAAGGCAUCUUCUCGGAGCGUCGGCGUAGAGCGAAAAAAUCUCAUCACCGUAUGCAGAUUCUCGGUGAAGACACUCCUGGAAAAGUACACAGCCGAGCCCAUCGAUGACUCGUCCGAGGAGUUUGUCAACUUUGCUGCAAUCUUGGAACACAUCCUCAGCCACCGCUUCAAAGGUCCAGGAAGCUGGUUCAUCUCAGAUGGCCAGCGAAGUUUCUGGGACUACAUCCGGCUGGCGUGCAGCAAGGUGCAGAAUAACUGCAUCGCCAGCAUCGAAAACAUUGAGAACAUCAGCACCUCACGAGCCAAGGGUCGGGCAUGGAUCCGUGUGGCGCUGAUGGAGAAGCGUCUGUCUGAGUAUGUGGCCACAGCCCUGAGGGACACACGGACAACCAGGAGGUUCUAUGAUGACGGAGCCAUCAUACUGAGAGAGGAGGCCACUGUUCUGACAGGCAUGCUCAUUGGCCUCAGUGCCAUAGACUUCAGUUUUUGCUUGAAGGGGGAGGCGCUGGAUGGGAAGUCCCCUGCAGUGAUUGACUUCACACCUUACCUGAAGUUCACUCAGAGCUAUGACUACCUGAGUGAUGAGGAUGACCGGUGCAGUGUGGACAGCAGUGCCAGUGACGAAAGUGUCCAAGAACACCCCUACAUCCCCCUGGUCACCGACGAGGAGAGCUGGAGGAACAAGUGUCGCAAGAUGGAGCAGAGGUUUAAGAUCGUGUACGCCCAGAAGGGCUACCUGGAGGAGCUGGUGCGUCUGCGGGAGUCCCAGCUGAAGAACGUGGAGACUGAGAACAAGAAGCUGAGUGCCAGGCUGGAGGAGCUCAGAGUCCAGAGCCUGCAGGAGAAAAAGGAGCUGGAGUCCAUCGUACUGGAGCUGCAGGCACAACUCACUGCCCUCAUCCCCUGUGAUUCCUCCCUCCUGACUAAGGAUCUGUCCAUCCCUCUGGUCAACCAGUGGCCCUCCAUACGAGGCUACAACAACCAGGGGGACGUCAAGCUCUUCCGCAGGAGAAGCUUCCACAGUUUGGAGCAGCUCUCAGCUGACGUCAGUCUGAACUCUGAUUCCCAGAAGACAGAUGGGCAACAGAACGGAGAUACAGGAAAAGACUACACCCCUUCUAUGCUGGGUCUCUGUGGCUCUCUGGCCUCUCUCCCCAGCUGUAAGUCCAUGUCCAGCCUCAAGUCCAGUGAGUGUCUGGUCAACAUCAGCAUGGAACCCAGCCCUGCACUCUCUCCCAGCUAGGGGGCGCCAUGCCAACAGAGCUCUGUCUGCCCAGCGCAAAGCCAAAAACCAACCAACCCCACCCGCCUGCCUCAACCUGGAGACACUCAAUAGAUCAUGAACAUCUACCUACCUACUGUCACUAUUAACACAGUUACCAACC